CGAGGAGAGAGUAAGUACAUUCUCAUUUCUUUUCAGUUUUAUUUUAACUUUUUAAAUUGGAACACUCAAUUCAAUUUCUUGACAUAAACAAGUAACAUCAAUCCAGCUGGUUUGCCGUCUAUAAAAAUACAUGACCAAUAUCUCCACUCCAUUCCUCCCCCGCAGAUCCCACUUCAAAACUCACUCUUCGAAUCUUCCUUCCUUCCUUCCUUCCCUCUGUUUUCCUUCCUCCCUUCCAAACCGAGCAGGGUGAAAAAAUGUUGCAGAAAGUCAUGGAAAGUUGCUGUGUGCAGCCCAGAGAUAUCGCCAUAACCGAGAAUGGCAGCACCAGUAGCAGCAACAACAACAGCAGCAGCAGCAGCAACAAGAUCAUGGGGACGGUUGUGUUGAUGAAGAAGAACGUGCUGGACUUGCACGACGUCAAAGCUUCGUUCCUCGAUCGAAUUCACGAGCUUCUCGGCAAAGGAGUCUCCAUCCACCUCAUUAGCUCUGUUCAUCCAGACCCAGGUCAGCACUUUCUCUCCUCCUGCAUUGAAUAAAAUGCCCCAUUGUUCAAUGGUGGAAGUUUCUUGAAUGCAAACAAAAAGGGCAAUGAAUUGGUUUCUUCUUCUACUCCCUUCUUUCCCGUCCCAAUCAAACAGUCUUUCGUCGAGUCAUUCCAAGUCAGCGUAUCAAGUAAAAAAAAAAAAAAAACUAACAGUGGUCUGGUGGAAAUUUCCUGCAGAGAAUGGAUGGAGGGGGAGGAUUGGGAAAGCAGCCUUCUUGGAGAAAUGGGUUCAAAAGAUGACACCUUUAACAGCUGCAGAGACUAGUUUUUCCAUUACCUUCGAUUGGGAUCACUCCGCCAUGGGCGUCCCUGGAGCUUUCAUCAUCAGAAACCAUCACCACAGUCAAUUCUACCUCAAGACCUUAACUUUGGACGAUGUCCCCGGCCAUGGCCGCGUCCAUUUCAUCUGCAAUUCGUGGGUCUACCCUGCUCACAGAUACAAAUACGACCGCAUUUUCUUCUCAAACAAGACAUACCUACCAUGUCAAACGCCAGAGCCAUUGCGUCAAUACAGACAACAAGAACUUGCCAACCUGCGAGGAAAUGGGAAAGGAGAGCUGAAAGAAUGGGAUAGAGUUUAUGACUAUGCUUACUACAAUGAUUUAGGUAAUCCAGACAAAGGUGACGCCUAUGCACGCCCUGUUCUUGGUGGAUCCAUGGAGUAUCCUUAUCCUAGAAGAGGAAGAACGGGCCGAAAACCCACCAAAAAAGGUCAGGAAAAUUGUAUCAACCUGGACAUCUACGUACCAAGGGAUGAACGGUUUGGACACGUGAAGUUCUCAGAUUUCUUAGCAUAUGCUCUGAAAUCUAUUGCUCAAGUACUUCUCCCGGAGAUUUCGUCUUUGUUCGACAAGACAAUCAACGAGUUCGACUCUUUUGAGGAUGUAUUUGACCUCUACAAUGGAGGCAUCAAAUUGCCAGGCAAGGCCACGGUAAGCAAAGUAAGAAAUCGCGUACCAUGGGAGUUGCUGAAGGAACUUGUUCGCAACGAUGGUGAGAGGUUUCUCAAGUUCCCCAUACCUGAGGUAAUCAAAGAGGACAAGUCUGCAUGGAGGACUGAUGAAGAGUUUGCUCGAGAGAUGCUAGCUGGAGUCAACCCGGUUAUCAUCAGCCGCCUGCGAGAGUUCCCACCAGCCAGCCAGCUAGACCCUAAAAAAUAUGGAAACCAGCAUAGCACAAUAAAAAAGGAAGACAUCGAAAUCAACAUGAAUGGAUUCACCGUUGACCAAGCAAUGGAAAGCAACAGGCUGUUCAUACUGGACCAUCACGAUGCACUGAUGGUAUACCUGAGGAAGAUAAACUCGACCAACACAAAGAUGUACGCCACAAGAACGAUUCUGUUCCUUCAAGACGAUGGAACCUUGAAGCCAUUAGCAAUCGAACUAAGCCUCCUGCAUCCACAGGGCGACCAUCGUGGCGCCGUCAGUAGAGUAUUCACUCCAGCAGAAGAUGGAACAGUUGAGGGUACAAUUUGGCAGCUAGCCAAAGCUUAUGUCGCAGUCAAUGACUCUGGCUACCAUCAGCUCAUCAGUCACUGGUUGAACACUCAUGCUGUGAUAGAGCCAUUCAUCAUCGCGACAAACAGGCAGCUGAGCGUUCUUCAUCCGAUACACAAGCUUCUGCAGCCACACUUCCGCGACACGAUGAACAUAAAUGCAUUGGCCAGGCAGAUCCUGAUCAAUGCUGGUGGAAUGCUGGAGAUCACUGUGUUCCCAGCCAGAUACUCCAUGGAAAUGUCUGCUGUCCUGUACAAGAAUUGGGUCUUCACCGAACAGUCCCUCCCUGCCGAUCUUAUAAAGAGAGGAAUAGCAGUUCCAGACGAAACCAAGCCACACGGUCUCAAGCUUCUCAUAGAGGACUACCCAUACGCUGUAGAUGGGCUAGAGAUAUGGUCAGCAAUCGAAACAUGGGUACAGGAAUACUGCGAUUUCUACUACCCAACAGACGAAUCAAUCCAAAAAGACGAGGAGCUCCAAUCGUGGUGGUUAGAGCUGCGCAACGAAGGCCACGGAGACAAGAGAGACGAGCCAUGGUGGCCCGAGAUGCAGACAAGAGACGACCUCAAACAAACCUGCACAAUCAUCAUAUGGGUAGCCUCAGCGCUCCACGCAGCGGUGAAUUUCGGACAGUACCCAUAUGCAGGGUUUCUCCCUAACCGCCCCACAAUCAGCCGCCGAUUCAUGCCUGAACCGGGGACGCCGGAGUACAGUGAGCUCGAGCAAGACCCGGAGUUGGGUUAUUUGAAGACGAUUACGGCACAGUUACAGACAUUGCUAGGGGUAUCGCUGAUAGAGAUUCUAUCGAGGCAUUCGACGGACGAGAUUUACCUGGGGCAGAGGGAGAGCGACGAGUGGACUUGCGAUGACGAACCGCUGGCGGCGUUCAAGAGAUUUGGGGAGAGGUUGAAAGGGAUUGAGAAGCGGAUUACGGAAAUGAAUGAGAAUCCGAAAUUGAAGAACAGGGUUGGGCCGGUGAAGGUUCCUUAUACGUUGUUGUUCCCCAAUACAUCGGAUUACUCGAGGGAAGGUGGGCUUACCGGGAAAGGAGUUCCAAAUAGUAUCUCGAUCUGAAGAAAGAAACGAAGGCUAAAGAGGAGAAAAGAUUGCAGCUUUUUUCACUAGGUCUCGCGAGAAAACAUAACCCAAUUCUUUUUUCGUUCUUGUUUUUCACCGCUGUAUAGAAGGUUGAUUGAGGUAGCUGUUGAUUUCGGCUGUGGUUUGUAAGAAUGUGCUUGGAUUUGUGUAGCUUGCUAAUUGAGAGGAAGCGUGUUCAUACUUGUGAAAUUGUAAUCCUUGGGCUACCGGCGAAAG